AUGGCGACGAUGGUGAAGGACAAGGAGGCCUUUUUCAGGGAAUUAGAGCGUCUGGAAUAUCCCAGUGAUGGUGAAAAUGAGGAUUUCAGCGGUCUGGUGCAUCUCACGAGGAAGCGCUGUGAAUGCCCUCCGUCUAUCUCAUUCACUCCGGCCUCAGACAUAAAGGCUCCCGCGGCGCCACCGUCGGUGAGAGCUUCUACGGAGCCUUUACUUGCUUCUUCAGGUAUACCUGAUGUCAGCACUGAAAAGGAAGUUGUAACUACGUCCGAGCAAUCACCAACACCAGCUGUGACCAGAUCAACCUCUACAGACGUGAUGCCGCGGAAAGCCAAGACUACACGUGGUGGCAGCUCUAAAAGAAAGGGAUGUGGAUUUAGGGCCUUUGAUAUUCCAGAACACCGGCAGAUACUCAAGGGUCUCGUCUUCUACUACCUCCCCAACGACGACAGAACAAGACUUAGACGGCUCCAAAUGCAGCGUGCGCGUGAAUACGGUGCCUCGCGAGCAAGGGAAUGGAAUGACACCAUCACUCAUGUUGUUGUAGAAAGGUGGUACACGUACGAGAAUGUCAUGAAACAUUUCAAGAAUAAGCCCAUCCCGAAAAAUGUUGCUCUCGUGGACAGUAACUAUCCUCUCCUAUGUAUUGGGGCCCGCCAAAUAUUGGACGCGACUCAAACUCGCUUUCGGGUCCGUGGCGCACCUGUUCCUGGGAGGGCUACAGAAUCCUCGCCUGCGCGUGAGCCCUCGUCAAACGGGUCGUUGCCGAUAAAGCCAGCGAAGGCGAAACGCGGUUACAUUGAUACACAGAGCACCGAUGACGAAGCUGACACUGAGCUGUUCGAACCGGAGGUCGACGAACACCUGGAAAGUAAACAGAUCACCGAUAAAUUGAACCAGGGUCGCGAUGCCUUGGACGAUGUGAUCGAGGAAGUCCAGGCAAUAAAGGACCUGCCCAUAGAGAUAGAUUCAGCCGACGAGGCAGCAGCAGCCGGCGACGACCAGACCUCCGACUCAUCAGACGCCGGGCCAGCGAAGAAGAAGCGAAAGACUACCGAAAAAGACGACUGGCAACAGAACUUCGUUUGCAUGCAGAAGCACGACGCACAAUCGAACUCGGAGAACCCCAACAGCCAUACCAUAGCCAUCCUCCAGCAAAUGCUAGAAUUCUACAAGCGAACAAACGACCAGUGGCGCGUCCUGGCCUACCGCAAAGCCAUCAGCGCUCUCCGCCGACAACCGCGUAAAAUCAGCACCAGAUUGGAAGCCCUAGCCAUCCCAGGAAUCGGACAGCGCCUCGCCGACAAAAUCGAAGAAAUCGUAUCCACCAACCGCCUCCGCCAGCUCGAAAAUGCCACCAACAGCCGCGAAGACAAGAUCCUCAAACUCUUCACCGGAAUCUACGGCGUCGGCAUCAACCAAGCAUCCAUAUGGCUGGCUGAAGGCUACAAAACCCUCAAAGACCUGAGAGUCAAAAUCAAAUUGACCCACAACCAGCGCAUCGGCAUAGAGCACUACGGCGACUUCGCCCAACGCAUUCCUCGAUCCGAAGUCGAAGAACACGGCGAAAUCGUCCGCAAAGCAGUCCAAUCAGCCGACCCAGACAUGCAAGUCAUCAUCGCGGGCUCCUAUCGCCGCGGUGCCCCAGACUGCGGCGACAUCGACCUACUAAUCACCAAGCCCGACGCCGAGAUCAACCACAUCAGAACCGUGAUGAUGAGAACCGUAAUCCCGACGCUGCGUAAGCAAGGUUUCCUAAAGACCAGUCUGGCCAGCUCAUCAUCCCGAGACGGGUCCAAAUGGCACGGUGCAUGUGCCUUACCACCACCACCACCUAAGAAUAACAACAAGUGGGAAUCUUAUAAUACAACUACCCGCCCCUGGCGACGCAUCGACCUCCUAUUCGUCCCCGACGCAGAGAUCGGAGCCGCACUGAUCUAUUUCACCGGCAAUGACAUCUUCAAUCGAAGCAUGAGACUACUAGCAAGCAGAAAGGGCAUGCGGCUCAAUCAACGAGGUCUCUACACAGACGUGCUACGCGGUCCUCAACGCGCAAAAAUCAAUGAGGGCCGACUACUCGAGGGCCACGAUGAGCGUCGCAUCUUUGAUAUUCUGGGUGUGCCUUGGCGCCCUCCGGAGCAUCGCAUUUGCUGA